AUGGCAUUUUUUGUAUUGAGCUUAAUCUUCAGAGUUUUAUCAAGGGGCUGCCAGCGCAGCUAUCUAGAUUUGUGCUUACUCGUUCGCACCUUCGAGAUGAAUCAUGAUAAGGAUACCUAUAUUGGUUACGUUGAAAUGGCUGUUGGAGUUGGAGCUAUUCUUGGUCCAGCAAUCGCGAGCUUCUUAUAUGAUUUUGUGGGCUAUGUAGGCACAUUUGUAUUCUUUAGUGGGGUAGUCUUUGUUGGCAUUAUACUAUCAAAGAUUCGGAUUCCUAAUACCUUAAAUGAAAGGACUGCUGAUAAGACAAUUACGCAAUUAGAUAAUGAUUAGACUACUGAGACCGAGAAGCAAAGUCUAAAGUAAAUAGAAUCUGAAGGGAAAGUAUAUUCUGAAUUAAAAUACAUUGAUUCCUUUAAGGAUUCUGAGAGCUUUAUUCUACUGUUAACCGCAUGCUUUUCGGUUGUAUUUACUCUCUACAUCGAAGCCAUUCUUGCAAUUCAAUUAUACAAAAUCUACGGGGUUCAGCAAAAUUUAGUUGGUCUCUUCUUUUUAUCAGCAUCAUUCCUAUAUGUAAUUGGUGCCCCAUUGGCUUCUUGGCUAGCCAAAUACAUUCACAAGAGGUAUAUUAUUUUAAUCGCAUUGAUCAUCAUGGUAUUUUAAAGCUUUUUAGAAGGUCCUAGCUAAAUUCUUGGAAUGCCUUAGUCUCUUUUGAUGGUGAGUAUUGGUGUUUCUUUACUAGGAUUCGGUCUUUCGUUAGCUUAGGUCCCUCUAUUGUCAGAAUUAAUUGAAGUGCUAGAAAAGAAAAACAGAUAUUAUUCAAAUUAAAUAAGUGAUAGGUCUUCGAGUCUAUUUAACUCCAUGUUUAAUCUUGGAAAUUUAAUAGCUCCUAUAGUAGCCUCUGUGAUUAAUGAUAUGUAUGGUUACGUAUUCACUUGUGAUUUUAUGAUGAUAAUUGCGACUAUUUAUUGCAUGCUUUUCUAUUUCACUCUGAUUUUCGGUAGAAAAUUAGACUGA